AAAUCGAAAACGAAAGUCUUUACGGAAGUGGCAAUUAAAAAUCAAUUGGACUAAGGUUAAACGACCCUAAAGUUUUUAAUAGUCUUGAGAUGCAAAAUAGUAUAAAAAGCUACUGGAAAAUAUAUUUAAGCUAAUAAUAACUGAAUUUUUAGAAAUUUUGAAUAUAAGUUUAUGGCUUUUAAAUGUGAUGUGCCUCCACCUCCAUCAAAAUAUUCAUACAAUGAUCUUGGUAUAAGUCUUUGUGUUGAUUAUAAUUCAGAUGAAGAAGAUGACAAUUGGAUGGUCGAUGAUUAUCAUGAAGAAAGUUUAGCAGAUCAUAACGUUGAUAAUAAGUCAAUAAAAAAUGAAUUGGUUUCAUCUUUCAGUGACAGUGAUGAUGUUGCUUGUCGCGAAACUAACACUUAUAGCCAAUACAAUUAUCAAGAAUUGUUAGAAAGUAUUGAAGAAAAAUAUCUUAGUAAACAAGAUGAUUUAGUGCGUCAAGAAUUGCAAGCAAGUUUUAAUAAUGUUCCAGAUCCAUAUUCAUUCCUUCUUCAUGUCAUGUACAAAGCAUUUUUUGAUUUGUACAGCAAGCGUGUUCCUAUCACUUACUUUGCUUUAGAUGAAAUGAAAACAUGGUUAGAUUUAAAGAAAAGUCAAGGCGAAUUUGUUCCUGUUCCGGCUAAUUUCCAAAAAAAGUCAGCGCUAGAAUUUAUAUAUCGAAAAGGGUAUAACUAUUUGAUCUUAAUUACAAACGUUUUUCAACUUGAUAAUGAGGACAACUCUUUUUUGGCAGAAGUUAUUGAACUUGAAAACUUAACAUGCACAAAGUUUAAGGAAACAGUAAUUAUUGUGCAGACAUUGCAUUUGCAAAAUUGUUUUACUGCUGAGCAAGUUAUGCUUCCAUUAUUAGCAUUUGAUCAAUUACAGAUUCUAGAAAGUUACAUAAAUGAGGAUAAGGAUCUACAAGGAGAUUAUGUCAACAUGCUUAACAAUCUUUGUGCGAUGACUGAUGAAGAGAGGCAUGAGUAUUUAUGCACUGAAAAAGGUUUAGUGGUAAAAGAUGAAUCAAAGUUAAAUCAAAAGACAUUGUCAAAAAUUGCAUCAAAAGCUGUGAAACGUUAUCAUUUAAAUCCAGAUGAAUAUCCUGAAAUAUUCAGAGCAAAAAAUCUUGCUGGCUUAAAGUAUCUUAUUUACAUGAAAUGGAAAGAGAGAAAUGGUGAUCAGGUUGCACUUCAAAAAUGGGAUGACAUGAUUGAGGCUGCUGUUGCAGGUAAAGUUUGGCUACAACAGAAGUUAGUUGAAGCAUACUUAGAAAAUAAUGAUUUGCAAGCUGCAGUAUCUUGGGUGUAUAAAGUUUCUCUUCCACCAAAAUAUUUGCCACCCACUCUGCUUAAUGUAAUGGGAGAAUAUAUAAUGUCUUUUAACUUGUCUCCAGUACAAUCUAGUGACCAAGAAGAUACAUUCUUAAGUACUGGAGAAAAUUGGGAAGAGGAGGUUGAAGUAUCUCCAACUGUACAGUUUUCUUUAUCAAAUGGUUUUUUGUCUGCUGAAAAAGCUCAAGCUUUAGAAAAUCAAUUCUACAAGUUUAAAUUACCUUUAAAAGAUGUCAUUAUAGUUGAUACCAUUCCUAAAUUAAUUGAAGCAGAAAAAAUAUUGUUCAAGCCCAAGCAAGUAAUAGGGUUUGACACAGAAUGGAAGCCAUCAUUUACAAGAGCCGGUGAACAAGACAAAGUUUCAACUCUUCAGCUGGCUGUGAUUGACAAGGUUUUUAUUGUUGACAUGCUACAAUUGUAUGUUGCUGAUUCAGCAGAAAACGCUCUUAGAGAAUUCUUCUACAAGUUUUUUACUUCCAAGGAUGUUGUUAAAAUAGGUUAUGGAAUAGUUGGUGAUCUUAAGAUUUUGAUUGGAAUGUUUGCAUAUAUGAAAGAAUUUAUUCUGAAUGCUUCAAACUUGGUAGAUUUAAAUGAAAUAAGUGAAAAGAUAUUAAAGUAUCCAGUGACAAAUGCAUAUCUUUACCCUGUUCAAAGUGUUCAGAAUGAGAAAGGUUUAAGCUUGCUUAUUUAUCGAUUGUUGGGUCAAAGUCUAGAUAAAACAUUUCAAGUUUCAGAUUGGGAUAAGCGUCCCCUUUCUACAAAUCAAAUUCAAUAUGCUGCUUUAGAUGCUUUCUGUUUAUUGGAAGUUUAUAAAGUUUUAAAUAAAAUUGUUUUUGAAACACAAAUAAAAGUUAACAUGCUUGAAAAUGUGAAGUUGAAAUGGUUAAAGCCAACAAAUGUACCAAUUCAGCGUAAAGAUAAGUAUGAAAAACGUAAUGAGCUGCAAAAAAAAAAUUUUCAAAAGAAACCACAAGCAACGAUCCCUCCUCCAAUUAUAAAAAGAAUACCCCGACUAGUCCCUCGGCCUGCUUCUGCUUUAAAAGUAAUAUGUGACACAAUGCUGGAUGAGUUAGGCAAGGAGCUGAGAAAAUUUGGUGUAGAUACAUUGAUAGCAACUUCCCAUGACAAUUCCAAAUUAAUACAGGCUGCUCGUAAAGACAACAGAAUGAUUCUUACUUGUGGUGACGCCUAUUUACUGAUCAAAGAUCACGUUCCAGAAGGAAACUGUCUAUUGGUUGAAAAGGGCAGUUUAAAAGAACAAGUUAAAAUGGUUUUUAAUACGUUUAACAUAGUGCUGAAAUCGGUUGAUAUUUUUUCCAGAUGUCCGAUGUGUAACUCCAAUGACUUAGCGAUUGUCACAUCUAACGAAAUGAAUAAAGCGUUCAAGUUAAAAAAUGACAUCUUGGAUUUAAAAACUCUGAAAAUCGUCGAAGAAUCUCAUCUUAUAAAUUUGACUAAUUUUACUCUAUCCAAUAACAUUGAAGUUCAAAUGGAUUUUUUGAGAGAAUCGUGCAUUUUAUUUAUGAAAGGAAGACAUACCUAUGAAGAAUUUUUUCGGAGCAUAAAUUUUUUUAAAAUUUGUCGCGGCUGCGGUGAGGUCUAUUGGAAAAAUAUACAUGACGAUAUUUUGAAAAGUGAGUAUCAUGAUAUUGUUGAUAAAAGAGAAGUGGAUAAAACUUAUUAUGGUAGACCUGGAUAAACUACUGAAUGUUAUUAAGUAGCUGGAUAAAUUAAACAUAAAUAAAAAAACACUUUUUAAAAGAAAAAACAAAGUAUAGGAAGUUGAUAUAAAGUAAACUCACGCCUUUGAGUCAUAAAAAAUAUAUUAGGAGAAAUAAACCUCUCUUAAUUAUUUAAAAUAAAUUUAAAAAAUCUUUACAUAAAUAAAGUGCGCCGUUUUUAUAUGGUAAUGGAAAUUAGUCUUUUUUGAGUUUUUACCGAAAUAAAGGAUAAUAAGGCAAAACUCGUUGAAUUAAGAAUUAUAUAUUUUAUCAUGUUUAUAUAUGAUAGUAGGUUAAUAUGUUUGUUUGUUUUUUAAUUUGAACUAAUUUGACAUUUAGAAAUUUGUACAAAAAUGAGAUUUUUAA